CCGUCCCUGCGCCCUCCGUGCCGGCCCUGGCACUGCCCCGCCGCCGGGGCCGGGCUGCCUUUCCUGGGCUCGGCAACCCGGCGGAUCUGCCGCGGCUGCAGCUGGAGAUGGCAUGGGAACAGUGAAACAGUGACUGGGAGGUGCUGCAGGCUUUGUGCUGCUCCCUGGACCCUGGUUCUGGCAGCAGGAGCAGGCGCUCCCAGGAGCUGAUGGAUUAGCGGCAGCAGGCUCGGGAGGGGCUGGAAGGAGCAUGGUCAAGCACCAACCCCUGCAGUACUACGAGCCCCAGCUAUGUCUGUCCUGUCUGACCGGGAUCUACGGCUGCCGCUGGAAACGGUACCAGCGGUCACAUGAUGACACCACCAAGUGGGAGCGCCUCUGGUUCCUCAUCCUCACCUCAUCCUUCUUCCUCACCCUGGUGUGGUUUUACUUCUGGUGGGAAGUUCACAAUGACUACAAUGAAAUCAACUGGUUUUUGUAUAACCGGAUGGGAUACUGGAGUGACUGGUCCAUUCCAAUCCUUGUAACAACUGCUGCUGGCUUCACCUACAUCACAAUGUUACUGAUCCUGGCCCUGUGUCACAUAGCUGUGGGGCAGCAGAUGAACCUGCACUGGCUGCACAAGAUUGGCCUGGUGACAACCUUGAUAACCACUGUGGUGACCAUGUCAUCGAUAGCACAGCUUUGGGAUGAUGAGUGGGACAUGGUUUUUAUUUCACUGCAGGCCACAGCCCCUUUCUUGCACAUAGGAGCCCUGGCAGCUGUGACGGCGCUGUCGUGGUUGGUGGCAGGGCAGUUUGCACGGACAGAGAAAGCCACCUCGCAGAUGCUGAUGUUCUCUGCGUACCUGGCAGCGGUGGUUGCGCUUUACCUCGUGCCCCUGGCCAUCUCCUCGCCCUGCAUCAUGGACAAGGCAGCCCUGGCACCCAGGCCAGCCAUCCUGGGGCACCGAGGGGCUCCCAUGCUGGCCCCAGAGAACACUCGGAUGUCCUUCCAGAAGGCAGUGGAGCAGAAGGUGUCUGGAGUGCAGGCUGAUGUGGUACUGAGCUAUGAUGGGGUGCCCUUCCUGAUGCACGACAAGACUCUCAGGAGAACGACCAACGUGGAGGAGGUGUUCCCAGAGCGCGCCUACGAGCACUGCUCCAUGUUCAACUGGACUGACCUGGAGAAGCUCAACGCUGGCGAGUGGUUCCUGCAGAAUGACCCUUUCUGGACAGCAGGGUCUCUCUCAAGGGCUGACUACUUGGAGGCUGCCAACCAGUCAGUCUGCAAGCUGGAAGAUAUGCUGGAGGUGAUCAAGGACAACACAUCUCUGAUCCUGAACUUCCAGGACCUGCCAGCAGCUCAUCCCUACUACAGCACUUACAUCAACAUCACCCUGGAAACCAUCCUGGCAUCGGGCAUUCGGCAGCAGGCUGUGAUGUGGCUGCCAGACACGGAGAGGCAGCUGGUCAGGCAGCUUGCCCCUGGUUUCCAGCAGACCUCUGGCCUGAAGCUGGACGCAGAGCGCCUGCGGGAGAAGGGCAUCGUGAAGCUCAACCUGCGCUACACCAGGGUCACCAACGAGGAGGUCAGGGACUACAGCAUGGCCAACCUGAGUGUGAACCUGUACACGGUGAACGAGCCCUGGCUGUUCUCCAUCCUCUGGUGCGCCGGCGUCCCCUCGGUCACCUCCGACAGCUCCCACCUCCUCCGCAAGGUGCCUUUCCCCAUCUGGCUCAUGCCUCCAGACGAGUACCACCUAAUCUGGAUCACGUCUGAUCUCAUUUCAUUUCUUGUAAUUGUAGGAGUUUUUAUAUUCCAGAACUAUCACAUGAUCAGGUGGCGCCUGGGCAGCAUCAGGACCUACAACCCCGAGCAGAUCAUGCUCAGCGCCGCCGUGCGCCGCUCCAGCCAGGACGUCAAGAUCAUGAAGGAGAAGCUGAUCUUCUCAGAGAUCAACAACGGCGUGGAGAGCACGGAUGAGCUGUCCUUCUGCUCCGAGAACGGCUUUGCCAACGAGCUGGUGACACCCACGGACACCAAGCUGCGCAUCAACUGAGGCUCUGCCAUCCCUGAGGCUCUGCCAUCCCUGAGGCUCUGCCAUCCCUGAGGCUCUGCCAUCACUGAGGCUCUGCCACCGAGAGCUCUGGCAUCACUGAGGCUCUGCCAUCACCUGAGGGCUCUGCCAUCCCUGAGGCUCUGCCAUCACCUGAGGCUCUGCCAUCCCUGAGGCUCUGCCAUCACUGAGGCUCUGCCAUCACCUGAGGCUCUGCCAUCCCUGAGGCUCUGCCAUCACUGAGGCUCUGCCAUGCUCCUGCAGUGAGAGCCGUGCUCUCCUGCCUCCCUCCCUGGGACGGGAAGCUCUGAGGAACUGCUGCUCGGGCAGAAACCCGCUCCCACUCCCCGCCACUGGCUGCUCCACCUCCCUGGUUGUGAGGCUGGGGGGCUUGGUUUUGUAAAUAUGUAGAAAAUCUGAAAAAUUUUUUUGUCUUUUUUUUUUUGAGUGUAAUUUUUCCAGGGCAUGAGUGGAAAUACUGUGUUCAUUAAAUCAUCAACCUUAUGGCUGAAGUUCUUGGAUCUUGAUGUGAGAGCCUGAGUCCCCUUGGGGGGUUUUGGGAACAACACAUUGGUCCUGUGUCCCAUUGUCCCAUUUCUCCCCCUUUCCCUAAUCCAGUCCUUCCCCCGGUGCAGCGACUGUGUAGCUGAAUGUUGUGGUGUUCUUGUGAAGUGUUGAUUUUGUUAUGGUUUCUUUUGUUUUGUUUUUCCCCCGUUUGUUCCCCUUUUCCUGGGCAAUGAAAUUGUAGCUCUGGUGCAGCAGGAGGCUGUUGGGAGAAGAGAAGCUUGCCUGGGAGAGGAAUUCUGGCUGCUCUUCCCUGCUGAGGUUCAGAGCCAGGGAAGGGCUUGCACUGGCUCUGUCACUUGGGCACGUGCUCCUUGUCCCACCCUCCUUCCCCAGAGCCUGGCUGCUCCGUGGGGAAGGGCCUUCUUGCAAUGUCCUGCCAGAGUUUUGAAGGCAAAUCCUGAGCACUGGCUGCAGAUUGGUCUCUGCUGGCAGCAGUUCUUGAUUUCCAUUUUUCCCCUUUUCUUCCUCUCUUCUCCCCAGGCUGGGCUCUGCUGGGAGCCCCCAUGGCUUGUGACUGGCAAUGCCAUGGGCACCAGCAGUGCUGGCAUCUGGCUGAAGUGCCUGCCACUCCAAGUGGCAUUUGCAGUCACUCCUUGCUUCCCUUCUGGGAGGGGAGCUGCUGGUGCACUGGGAGCUUCCCAAGGAGAUGUAAAUAGUCUGGAAGGCGAAGCAGCCCUGGGAUAUAAUUUAUUCCUGCAGGGAGACCUUUGCUCCUUGCUGUAAAAGCAGGACCUUUAAAGCUGCACACUCGUGUCCUCCAAAGGAGGGAUGGUCUUGCAGCAGAUGCUGAUGGGAUCUCAAGGCAGAGGCUCCCAUCAGCAAAUUUCCAAUGCAAAAGGCUUUAACCCAAACUCUUAGACCAGAGUAAAUAAAUAAAAGUAAAUAAAUAAAAUUAAAAAAAGGUAAAACCUGAAAAAAAAUAGGAGAAUGCAGUCUGGGGAAUGCUGAUAUACAUCACAUUCCACACCCAAAGCACGAGAGAAACAGCCCUGAGCAGUUUCUUGUUUUGGAACUGCUCUGUCCUUUUAAGCUGAAGUCCUGUGGCAUUUUGAAACCCUGAAGUUUGGGCUUAGUGUCUAAAAGUUGGGGGCAAAAGUGGCCAACCUCACUAUGUGGAAAAAGACCUUCUUUGAUUAUGACAAUGUGAAUUUUGAUGCUCUAAAAAGCACCACCCAAAAUCAAUUGCAUCUCCCCCAGUUUUUAUGAGUGUAAGUGGAAUAAGUUCCUCCUCUUACCUUCCCCAAAUACUGUCCUUCUCCAUGGUACUCUCCAGUCCCUGAAAUGCAGCGUGUCUUGCUCUGCAGAACUGCAAGAUUUGGUGGGUUUGAAGGGAUUUUGAGAACGAAGUUGCUUCUCCCUUUGAUGUGGUGCUGUUCUGAACCAUUCCUGGUGGAUUGUCAUUGCCAAGUGAGAGAUGUUGUUCAACCUCAGCAUCUGUUGGUGAUCACCUGCAUGUUCUGUUUCUAUCCUUGGAGAUGGCUUGAUUGAAAGGUUAAGUGCUUAAGAGCUUGGAAGUGAUAAAAAAGCAAACCAACAAAGAGUUGUUUUCACAAUUAACUUUUUCUUUUUUUUUUAAACAAGACCCAAAUUUCAUGCAUAAUGCACUGACUGUUAUUGUCCUGAAUAUUUGCUACCUUUUUUUUGGAAAAAAAGCAGAGGAAGAUACUUUUUGAAUUAAACUAGAGCUAGAUCAAAAUAAACUCUGCAUUGCUCUGUGAAAUAAACUGUCAGUAUUCCCCUGCCA